CAACUUGAACUUGAACUUUUAGUGAAACUGUUGACGUGUAAGGUUUAUAUGAUGGAUGCCGAAGUGUCAAAUCGAGUUCCGCGAAUCGACGUAUUUAUUGAUGAGAUUGCCAUAAGUCAUCUUGUGCGUGAUAUUGAGACUCUUUUCUUGAACUGAGCAUUUUUCCAAGCGAGUCUAGUUCGUCCGCCCGCUCCGCUGCGGCCGCUUGCAGUGAAAUGAAGAAAUGAGAUCCAACCCGUUCUGAGCCGCGCCGACUGCCUCAACCUGCUCGGCGACCAGGAAGCCCGGACGCCCGCGACGAUGAAGGUGAUUCAGCACGGGGCUCGCAAGCCCGUCGCCGCGGCUGACCUCCUUCCGCUGCCCGGGCUCCACGCCGGCGCAGCCCCGCUGUCACCGAACGACUCUCCCGAGGAAACGUCGCCGCCGCCGGGCGCCAGGCUGCGGUUCCCCAAGGGCAACAAGGGGGCGAUGGUGAAGCUGGUCCGGCGUCACCCGUCCCCUCAGCCGCCCAGUCUGGAGAGCCUGGAGGCGGCGUGGCGCGGCAGAGCCCCGCCGAGCCCGGAGCGGAGGAGCGCCGGGGACCCGGAGGAAGGUCGCGCCGGGGGGCCUCCUCGCAGCCGGAAGAAGGCCUUCAAACCCCCCGACGUCAGGACCAUCUUCAGCCCCGGGGAGAAGGACCCCAGGGUGAAGGAGGAGUGCGGGGAGGGCCACAGCUUCGGAGCCGGCGGAGACGGCACCUGGUGUGACGUGUGCUGCAAGUACAUCUUCCGCAGGGGGCUCGCCUGUGCAGGCUGCAAGUACGCGUGUCACGCCGCCUGUCGAAGCCGCGUGACCCUCGACUGCCACCCUGCCGCGCCGGCACCGGUGGCGUCACCCGCCACUCAGGACCAGCUCAACAACAAUGGCAACCACAUGCUGCCAACACAUGAUGUGGACCAGGAGAGCAAGCUCCGCACCGAGUUCAGCUGCGAGGAAAUCAGGCAGAAGAUCGAGCGGUACAACACGCUGACCCGAGACCACCUCAAAAUGACCCUGGGUUCCAGCUACGUGUACACGGGCUUCAUCAAGGUCCAGAUGGACCUGAGGAGGCCGGUGACGGUGCGCGGCGGCCCGAGGGCCUCGGCGGCGGCGGGCGAGGCCUUCUACCUGCCGCGGGGAAUCAGCAACACGCUGCACGUCAGCUCGCAAAACACCGUCAGACAGGUGAUUGUGGCCCUGCUGAAUAAAUUCACCGUAGCUGACAACCCGGCAAAGUACGCCCUGUACAAACGAUUCCACCGCGAGGAGCAGGUGUACGUGUGCAAACUGUCGGACGGCGAGCAGCCGCUGUUUCUCCGUCUGGUGGCGGGACCCGACGACGGCGCGCUCGGCUUCGUCCUGCGGGAGCAGCAGACCGGCGAAGUCUUGUGGGACGCCUUCUCUGUCCCGGAGCUGCGCAACUUCCUGCGCAUCCUGGACAAGGAGGAGGAUGAGCAGAAGGAGGCGCUGCUGCGCCGCUACGACCUCUACCGCCACAGACUGAAGGAGGCGCUGCGGGAGGUCCGAGGAGGAGCCCCUUGAGACUUGAACGGCGCCCCCCGGAGGGCUGGAGGGGGUGUUUUUUUUUUGUUUGAAUUAUUUGCUCAUAUAACGCAUGGCAAUGAAGACGAGGCAAAAAGAAACGUAUGGACUUUUUGGACUGCUCUGCCAUGAACUCUCAUACGACUUAUUUAAUUCCCUCACUACAGUCUGCGCAGAUUUUUAAUCUUUUAAUUUAUACGGGUGGCGCUUUUUAUUUUUAGUUCAGCAGAGGCGGCGAAACAAUCACAAUGCAGAGAAGAGGAGUAAAAGAAAUGCAAACAUGAAGAAGUUGAGCUGGGAAGAUGAAGAAGUUGGACUUGAAGGACCGCUCGGGGACGUGGAGGGACCUCGGGACCACUGCGCUUUGUUUUAGUGGAUUCGGGAAGUAGACUACGUGGAACAGAGGAAGUAGAAUGAUGCAAUAGAAGAAGAAUGGAGAGCGGCUGAGGUGGGCUGAUAGCAUUGAUUGGAAGCGGCCACGUGCGCCGCUGCGCACCUCUUCUUGGGCGGGAUGGCGGGGAGUCGUGGUGAACGGGGAAGAGAAAUUGCGCACAAAUAUUGGAGCUUUGGGGAUUUUGAGUGAAAUUUCAGUUUGAGCCCAAAAUGCACUUGAACCUUUACAGGUGAAUUUGCAUGUUACGUUUCAUCGUGGAAUUUGGCAAACCUAUUGUGAGUAGUAUGGAAGCAUGCGGGAAGGAAAGGCUCGUUAUGACCUAAACAAUAGAUGUUGCUGGAUUUCGAAGAGUACACAAAGAUGUUUCUAGUCAAACAGCACCUUCUAGUGGACCAACGUCGCAACUACUCCAAUUUGUGUCGAUUUUUGUCGUCUUUCUUUUUCUCGCUCGACAUAUAACCAAAGAUUAUUUUGUGGUGUUGCCAGAGGCAAAAAAAAAAAAAAAAAAAAAAAAUUAGACGCAGACUAUAUCGAGUAGAUGUUUAUUUAAAUGAGUUCUAUGUCUAUUAAACACUGGCUUUACGUGGAAGCGUAGAACGGACGGAA